AUGUUGGCGGGCGCGGUCGAGGACCUCACGUCGCUCGUGCAGCUGGACGAGGCUUCGAUCCUCGCCACGCUGCGCGCGCGCUUUGACGCGCAGGCCAUCUACACCAGCACCGGCGCCGUGCUCAUUGCCUUGAACCCGUUCACGCCGCUGCCGCUCUACGGCCACGAGGUCAAGGCGCGCUACAUGCAGCACGGCCGCAAGCGCGCCCGCGGCGAGCGCAUGGACUCGACGUUGCCGCCUCAUAUUUAUGCGAUCGCCGACCGGGCAUACCGCGAGAUGCACACCGUGCCGGGGCGCGACCAGAGUAUCCUCGUGAGCGGCGAGUCGGGCGCCGGCAAGACCGAGACCACUAAGUGCAUACUCAACUACGUGACGGCGCUCACGUCCGAGUCGUCGAGCGAUCUCGCCCAGCGCGUGCUCGAGUCCAACCCGAUCCUCGAAGCCUUUGGCAACGCCCGGACCAACCGCAACAACAACUCGUCGCGCUUUGGCAAGUUUAUUCGGCUCGAGUUUGAGUCGACCGGGUCGCUUCUCGGCGCGUCCAUCUCGACGUACCUUCUCGAGCGCGUCCGGCUCGUCUCGCAGGCCAAAGGCGAGCGCAACUACCACAUCUUUUACGAGCUCUUACGUGGCGCAACGCCCGACGAGCUCCAAUCUCUAGGCUUGACGCACAUCGAGGACUAUGCGUACCUCAGCAGCAGCCAGUGCUACGACCGACAAGACGGCGUCGACGACAGCGACCAGUACGCCAAGACGCGCCACGCCAUGACCGCUAUCGGCAUGGACGCCUCCGAGCAACAGGACGUUUUCCAGCUCAUCGCGGCAGUCCUGCACCUCGGUAACGUGACGUUUGCAAGGAAGGACGGCGAGGCGAGUGCACUGCAUCGCGACGCUGACGUCGCGGCCGCCACGGCGCUGCUGGGUGUCGACACGGGCGUCAUCGAGCAUGGCCUUACGACCAAGCUCAUCAAGGCCGGCGGCGACCACAUCACGACGUCGCUGAGUGUGCUCGAAGCGGCGACGACCCGGGACGCGGUCGCCAAAGCCAUCUACGCGCGCGUCUUUGAGUGGCUCGUCGAGCGCAUCAACGAGUCGAUGCGGUACAGCAGCUCGACGCGGCGCACCGUGACGGCGCCCCGCUUCAUCGGCGUGGUGGACAUUUUUGGGUUUGAGAUUUUCGCGACCAACUCGCUCGAGCAGCUCUGCAUCAACUUUGCCAACGAGAAGCUCCAGCAGCUCUUCGCCAAGUACGUGUUCGAGAUGGAGCAGAAGGAGUAUGCGGCCGAAGCGAUUCCGUGGACGUUUGUCCAGUACCCGAAUAAUGACGCGUGCGUCGUCAUGUUUGAGGCGCGGCCAACCGGUCUCUUUUGCCUCUUGGACGAGCAGUGCGUCAUUCCCAGAGGCAACGACGCGCAACUCGCGGCCAAGUACGCCGACGUUGUCGCCAAGCGCCAUACGCACCUCGCGACGACCAAGCUGCAGCAAGCACGCGCCCAGUUUACGAUCGCGCACUACGCUGGCGCCGUCGUCUACUCGGCCGACGGCUUCUGCGACAAGAACAAAGACCACGUGCACUCGGACGUCCUCGCCUUCCUGCGCACCUCGAGCAACCCGUUUCUCGUGUCGCUGUUCCCCGUCGUCGCCGCCGAGUCGAGUCGCCCGACGUCGUUGACGGCCAAGUUUCAGGUCCAACUCGCGUCGCUCCUGACGGUCCUCAACGCCACCGCGCCCCACUUUGUACGCUGCAUCAAGCCCAACGACGAGCUGCGCCCGACAGUCCUCGACGCGCCCCGAGUAGCCGAGCAAUUGCGGUGCUCCGGCAUUCUCGAAGCGGCGACGAUCGCGCGGUCCGGGUACCCGAUCCGCAUGCCGCACGCGACGUUUGUGCACACGUACGAGUGCCUCGCGCCCCGGGGCGCCCGGGACAGUGUCGCCGCCAUGGUCGCGCAUUUCGUGCGCCUCCUGCCGCCGACGACGCCGCCCCACGCCCAAGUGGGCCGUACCAAGGUCUUUCUCCUCGACGGACUCUACCGUCUGCUCGUCGGGCUGCGCCGGCUCCGGGCAACCGUGGCCGAGCGGUUGAUCCACAAGUCCUUGGCACAGUACGUGCCCGUCGACGACGACGGGACGUGCGACGGCACCAAGACCGAGUCGACGCGGUCGUCGCUGGACGAACUCGAGAGCGAAGACACGAUCACGAGUCCCAUCAUCGAGUACGAGAUCGUGUGGGAGUGCGGCCGGCUCGGGAUCCACUUUUCCGUCGACAACGAGACAGGCCGGCCCAAGGUCGACCGGAUCCACACGACGCUGAGUCAAUGCGCCGACCUGCACUUUGUGUCGUGCGGUGACGUGCUCGUGGCCAUGAACGGAUACCCGAUUGAGCCGCCGCCCAACAACGGCCAGCGCUUCUCCAAUGCAACGAUCCAACCGGUCAUUGAGCGGCUCGGGACGACGGCGAAACCAGUUCGUCUGCGGCUCAUGCGGCUCAGCGCCGACCCGCCGUUCCUGCGCACGACGCUCAACGGGCUCACGUUUGACGAGUACGAGGUGCUCUGGCAGCGCAACGCGUUUCCGUCGCUCGUCGCCUCUUCGCUUUUACUCUGUAUUCUCUAUCUACUCAAGAAGUACCCGCGCGUGCGGUCGACCGCGCGCAUCAACGCCAAGAUCCCCGGCAUUCUCAGCGUCCGCAACGGUGACCACCUCACGCACGUGCGCGACGUUCCGACGUACAACAAGUCGCUCCAGCAUACGCUGUGGGAGCUCAACCAGCGCGGCUCAAGCACGACGAUCCUCCGGUUCCAGCGCACCGAGCACAACAAACACGAGAACGCGGACCGGCUCUCGACGGGCGACUCGCUCACAGAUUUUUGGCGCAACUCGUCGAUCGUCUUGUCGCCCGAGCCGAGCAAGCAGUUUAGCUUUGGGCCCGCGGACCGCUGGAGCUGGAACCCGAGCGAUGAAAAGUACUGGUACCACAUCAUGUGGACCGACGACGACGACAGCCUCGGCAUCUCGAUGCGCCAGCCGCGCCUCCGCUUCUACCUCGAGGUGACGUCGAUCAAGACGACGGGCGCCGCGCACCGCCAGCGCCACCACCCGAUGCGCCAGGUCGGCCUCGGCGACGCGUGGGUCUGCGUCAACCACCAGGACAUCCGCCACAUUGGCCACGACGCCGCCUUUCGGUACCUCCGCGAAGCACCCAAGCCCGUGCUGCUGACGUUCCAGCGGCAUCCAAAAACAUGA